AUGCCUGAAAACGAACUAACAAACAAAACAUUACAGAGAGAAUUCCACCUCUUGGCAUUUCUGAGUCAUGAAAAACUACAACUUCUGAUCUUCCUUUUGGUGCUACUGAUGUACAGUCUAACUGUAUGUGCAAACCUUAUCAUUACUGCACUUGUAUGUUUGGUGCCCCGCCUGCACACCCCAAUGUACUUUUUCCUCUGCAACUUGUCUGUCCAAGACAUUGUCUAUGUCACUGCCAUCUUGCCAAAGUUUCUGGCCAUCACUAUAACAGGAGACAACAGCAUUUCUUUCCUGGGCUGUAUGACUCAGAUGUAUCUCUAUGCAUUAUGCGUUAUGGUGGAAUUCCUCCUCCUGACCUCCAUGGCUUAUGAUCGCUAUGUAGCCAUCUGUAUCCCCAUGCGCUACUCUCUCAUCAUGAAGAAAAGUGUAUGUGUCCUUCUUGCCUCUGAUUCUUGGUUAAUCGGUGCCAUAAUCUCAUUCACGUAUUGUUGGCUUGUUGUUAAUUUACAAUUUUGUGAUCAUCAAGAAAUUGAUCAUUUCUUUUGUGACCUGAAAACUGUUCUGGAACUUUCUUGCGGUGACACUACAAACCUUAAAUCUGUAAUAUUGGCAGUAUGUGUGCUUAUUGGGUUUUUACCAUUUGGUUUAAUUCUGAUCUCCUAUGGAAACAUUAUAUCUUCUGCCUUAAAGAUCCGAACUUCAGCAGGAAAACUCAAGACCUUCUCCAGCUGCUGCUCCCAUCUCACAGUUGUGCUUCUGUUCUGUGGGACAUCUUUAAGUUUGUACAUGAAGCCAGAUUCUGGGAAUUCCCAAGAAAUGGAUAAGCUGCUGUCUCUGCUGUAUGUGGCUGUCACUCCCCUGUUAAACCCAUUAGUGUAUAGCUUGAGGAACAAGGAUAUUAUUAAUGCCAUUAAAAAUAUCAUCAAACUGUAUUUUUGGCGCAAACACCCAGCAGUUCGAUGA